UUGAAACUUCCUCGAAUUUCUCGCUAUCGCGGAGACGAGGUUCAAGAUCAAGGGUUUGACAACAAGGGGAAGGUAAACGAGAAAGUUUUCCUGGAAGAUGUAAAGUUUGAGCUCCAUCCUGAAGGUAUGAAGUCACGAGUUCUGUAAGAGGAAGCAGGAGGAACCUCCUUCAGAGCUUACGUCCACGUAGAUGGGCGAGCAUGGAGCAAGGUACGUUUGCCCGAUUAAAUAUCGGUCAUACCAUGAAUCGUCCAGUAAACUUUUAAAUCUACCGCCCCUUAAAAUAAUUGCCCUUCCUAUCGGCAAAAAGAUUAAAUAGGGUGUGUACGGUAUUAAGUCGUGGUUUCGCCCAAGGCACUUGAUUCAUCAUUUCAGGUAAAAACAUGAUUUAAUUUAAUUGAAAUGAACACAAAGUUCCCCUCAUAUGGGUACGUCGAAAUAAGACGGCAUUAACUCAUGUAUCCUCAAGUUUCCUUGUCAUUUCGCUUUUUUUCAGACUUUCCAUAAGACCGAGCACCUUCUUCUUAAAGUGACGUAUCAUCCUUACUGGAAAUGCGCCGUCCGUUAUUCGGCGGAAGUCAUAGAUGGUGCACCUGAUUGGCACGAGGAUCUGUUGCAUCACGUGACACCGAGUCUGUUGAGCAUUGUUUUACGGCCGGGUAAUCACCACGUGAUCUACCAGUACAAGAAUCCAUUUAUCAGAAGAUGA